AGGAUAGCCUCUAUACACAUAUAUGUUAGCAAAGAGAGGCAUACACAGCAAAUUUUAGCUCCUCUGAACAGCUUUAUUAGCCGUAAACGAGCAUGGAGGAAUACGUCACCGACGCCUCAUUGAGUGAGACAGCCUGCAGCGUGGCAUACCCAGACCUGAUUCUGCGCUGCGUCGUGCUCGCUACCGUCCCACUCCGCGCGUGUGAGUUUCGCGACGAAAAGGUCUUCACCGCAGUUGGGUGCAUCUCCCCUCUCUCACCCAACGAUGCCGGCAGCUGCGCGAAGCCCGUCCGCGUCAACUUCUACGGUUCGUGGGGGAUGGCAGCGGCUUUCAUGGAGUCGGGUGACGUGAUGGUUCUUCAAGGCUUCUACCGACUUGACCCUCCUUCCGCACCGGAAGUUGCCAGCGGCGACGCGUUGGCAUCUGCGCCGUCUUCCGUCUUCGUGUGCCCCCUGCCGGAGGAGGAAGGCUGCGUGCUGCGUGUGUUGCAGCCGGGCAAGGGUGGAGAUGUGAUGGAGGUGCUUGUGACGCCGUCGAACAUGGACGCCAUCUGCAUGCACGGGCUCACCAAGUCCGACGCGGCGAACCACCUUUACGUACACCAGUGCUUAGCAGGCCCAAAUGCGCAGCAGGAGGAAGGAAGGCGCUGA